AUGGCGGCCAGUGAGCCAAUGCCAUUUCCACGCCGCCUAUUUCUAACCGAUCGUGUCUCACGAAUACAAUUUCUUAUUGACACUGGAGCCGAUUUAUGUGUAUACCCACGCAGUGUGGUUCAAGGUCAACGAGAUAAAUCGGACUACUCCCUAUCAGCAGCCAACGGGACGACCAUUGCUACGUACGGAACUAUUACACUUGCUCUUGAUUUCGGACUUCGUCGAGUUUUCACUUGGAGAUUUGUGGUCGCGGAUGUAUCCAAGCCUAUCAUUGGUGUGGAUUUUUUAAACCAUUAUAAUCUUCUGGUAGAUAUACGUAAUCAACGUCUCUUGGACGGUCUCACGCAACUCACUGUACAGGGUCAAGCUGCGAAAUGCGACAUACAAUCCAUCAAAACAGUUGUCGGAACGACAAGGUACCAUGACUUAUUACAGGAGUAUCCUGAGAUAACCCGACCUGUUGGAGUAAUCAAGGACAUCAAACACAACACCAAACAUUACAUCCAGACGACACCAGGAUCUCCCGUCGCGUGUAAACCAAGGCGUCUAGCCCCUGACAAACUCAAGGGAGCCAAAAAGGAGUUUGAGACUAUGCUAAAUUUGGGUAUAGCUCGACCUUCUAAAAGCCCUGGUCUUCACCACUCCACCUGGUUUCAAAGAACACUACGGACGCAUGGCGACUCUGUGGAGAUUAUCGUGCACUUAAUACUCGAACUAUCCCAGACCGCUACCCAGUUCGUCACAUCCAGGAUUUCACACACUUCCUUCACGGAAAAAACAUUUUCUCAACAAUCGAUCUGGUAA